ACCCCGAACCACAUAAACCAAAUACCCCCUGCCACGUCCUGACCAAACUACAAUAACAAAUAACCCCUAUACUGGUCAGGACGUGACAUAUACACCAUGUAUGUAUCAUCUGUGUCUGUGGGACUGAGUUGGACCUCUGGGGCUUGGCGCUAACAAUUGAUAUAUGAUGGCUUGGUGAUAGAACCUACAGCCUACAUUCCAUUGAAUGAUUAAUAUCUGUGUGUUAAGGAUUGCAAAACUGAGAAGGUAAACCUGUAUAACAAGCAGUAAAUGAGCUAGUGACAGAAACCUGCCGCAAUGUAAAUCUUGCUGUCUGUUGCUUGAUAGUACAAUGUAUAAUUCUAUACAUCUGUGAUUUGUUAUGAACAUUCAGGAGGAUGUACUUUUCUAUAAAGAGCUGUAACCUAACCCUGCUUAUUUGAGCUCUCAGCGAUCACUUAAGGGUGGUCAUUGACCAGCUUCAUUAUUGCAAUUCUUAAUCGAUAAUAACAUUUGAUUGUUUUGAUGAAAUCUAAAAGUCUCUCUCCUUUGAAUCAGAAAUAUUCCACGACAAUACACGCACACAUACACAAACGCACACAGACACACAUUUUUAGACAUCGUUUUAUUGUUAUUAUGUCUUAGUUAAAGCGUUACAUAUCAACACAUUCACUGGAGAUGAAGGAGUCACAAAGUGGCUAUAAACAUGUAGCGGUAUUUUAUAUUUGGUUCCAAAUACAAUAAGAUUGAAUAGAUUUACUUACAGUAAAAUACAGUAUUUAUUAUGUUACUACACUAUACAGUUUACAGCAAAAGUGGGUGACAAGUAUCCAAUGCCAAUUUCUUUAAUCAAGAGUCAAAAUGCACAUAAUAUAAUAUAUAAUAAUAAUAAUAUAAUAUAUUCCAUUUAUCAGACGUGUUUAUCCAAAGCGACUUACAGUCAUGUGUGCAUACAUUUGAUGUAUGUGUGGUCCCAGGAAUCGAACCCACUAUUGUGGUGUUGCAAGCGCCAACCACAUGCCUGAUACAGACAAAACCAAAGGCCUGCACACACAGUUUCUGUAUUUAAAAGGUCCCCCUUUACCUCUUUAUUACUACCGGCCUCAUUAUGAUGUUCGAAAAAUAAGAUAACAACAAUGCUGGAAUAGGCAAUUAUUUUCUAUUUUUUGAAAGUAAAGACCAUACAACUGUAAUAUUCUCUAAUAUUCUGUAUGGCCAUGGAUACAUAGGCUAUUGCAGCUUUUUUUCUAGGAGACAACAAGGAAAGGGAAGUGACAGACUCCAGUGACUCAUCCCCAAAUGAAAGGCAAGGUUACAGGAACUGACUGAAUGAAAGGAUAGGUGCUUCACCGAUGUGUUACUGGUAUUUGAGAGUGGAAUGAUAGUCCACAUGCCAUACAUCAGCCUUUCUGAUAAGUUACUGGUAAAACGUGCCAGUCCAAGUGUCAUGCCAUGUUCUGCUUCCUCCUAAGCUGUUGUCUAUUGUUGAGCAGAGAUGCUGAUGCUUGCAUAGAUAACCUGUCUGGUUGGAACUGGGCACAUACAUUAUUCAAUGUAUUAUAUAUUCACAUUCAAUGUAUAACAAGUUUAUACAUUAUUUACUUAACUACAUAGACCAGGAAUAGCUUUAGUCUAUUUUAAAAAAUAUAUGUAUAUAUAUUUAUAUUAUCACAUUCAUAUAAAUGAAUACCAUAUUGCUUGCUGAUACACAUUAUGAUGCUGUAUUAUUAUUUAGUUAUAUGAUAUGAUGAUAAGUUACGGUAUGUUAUCAAACUCAUAUGAUAUGAUAUGAUGAUAAGUUACGGUAUGUUAUCAAACUCAUAUGAUAUGAUGGUAAGUUACGGUAUGUUAUCAAACUCAUAUGAUAUGAUAUUAUGAUAAGUUACAGGAUGUCAUUCAACUCAUAUGAUAUUGAAAGACUGGGUAAGAGGUAUGAUACUUCCUCUAGUUCUUAUGAUAUUGUAGCCUACAACUACUAUUCAAUUCGCAAUGUAAUGUAACCUUUCAAAUGCAACGAAUGGCGCUGAGGCCAGGUUGCAUAGAGAGGAGCUCACUACAACUGCAUCACAUCUAAAUGCAUAAUCUGUAGUAGGCAGGCAAAAAUCGGCGCACAAAUGGCGAUAGGCUUUAGGUCGCCAGUACUGUUGUGCGCUGGAUCGGCAUGUUUACAUUGUGCUUCUAAAUGAAAUGCCUAAAAUAAAACUGUGUAUAAUUUAACCUCUAUGAGGUGUGUGCAUCAGGCAUUAGGCCUACUCAUGGAGAAGGCUGGUACUAGUAGAUUAUUAACCUCUAUGAGGUGUGUGCAUCAGGCAUUAGGCCUACUCAUGGAGAAGGCUGGUACUAGUAGAUUAUUAACUCUGACGAGCCGUUGAGUCAUUUAAAACAAAUUUGCAUUGGACAAUAACAACACUGUGUGUGUGUGUGUGUGUGUGUGUGUGUGUGUGUGUGUGUGUGUGUGUGUGUGUGUGUGUGUGUGUGUGUGUGUGUGUGUGUGUGUGUGUGUGUUGUAAUUGCAUGCACACACACAGGUAAUAUCAGCCAAAAACAGGUUCAAUAACAACUACAUGUGGUUCAUCAUCCCAUCCUAUUCACAGCAACAGAUUCUCGACACUAUCCAUGUUGCUACUGUGCUUCUUCAGUGCCACAAACACCUAGCAGGUAUUAACUAACACUCUCUGAAGUUAUCUUGCCAGCUAGGUGUAAGGUAGAAUUAAUUCACAUUUUGCAAGUUCGUAGUAGGCUACUUGGUAUGCCUACAAUCAAUGGAUAAGUAAAUGUAAGCCUGGUGCCUACCCAUGACCAAACCACAGCCCACAGACAGGUAAAAAGCACCACGGUGACGAUGUAGUUUCAUAAGUGCCAACCGACUCCGCCUCUUCUCCUAAAGUAUAAAUUGUACUAAACUAGUCGAGCAGAUAGAGAUCAAAGCAAGAGGCUUGAGAGAAAGAUUAGAUUAUCAACUCAAAAUUAGAUUAGAAUAAACUCAGACAUGGGAGACCAGAUGCGCUAUGCCACUAGUGCCCAGAUUAUUGGAGUGAUAUAUAGAGAGGCAUUUCAAGUCAAGAUGUUUAUGAUCUCCAUACUGUGGUCUGAUGAGAGUGAAGUAAUUGUCUACAGAUCAUUCCUAGACUUGAAGGAGUUUCAUAGACAACUGAAGAAGAGGUUUUUCCUUGGGAAUCCUUUCCGCAAGAGAGACAGAGUGAUUCCCAAAUUCAGAGCCACAGCUAUGAGGAGAAAGAUCCAGGAGAAGGGGCCUAGUUGGUUGAUGCGUCGGAUGAACUUACUGGAGAACUACUGCAGCGACCUGCUCAGGUGUGACCCCUCCGUGACCCGUAGUUCAGAGGUCACUCAGUUCUUCAUGCCCAAAGAUCACGACCUGCAGGCAGACUUCACCAAGAACAGCGUCAUAACGCUGCCAUCAAAGGAGGGGGUGGGGAACAUGAGCGGGCAGCGUCUGAGCGUGGGCAAUAGGACACACGCCUUUGUUAGCCAGUCUUACCGCUGUGUGGGGCCCUACAACACCAAGGACACUAAGAACAGGCCCUUUAAAGUGGCCUUGGAUGAGAGGCUGGACGUGCUCAUCAAAGACCCGGCAGGCUGGUGGCUGGUGGAGAACGAGGAUAAACAGUUGGCCUGGUUCCCUGCUCCCUACCUGGAGAUGUGUGAGGCAGAGGAGGAUGAAGAUGAAAUGGAUGGAAUUCCCUUGGGGGGAACUCUCUACUGUGCUAUGAGGAGUUACUCCACUAACAAUAAUGACGAGGUGCCUGUUCCUAUUGGCUCUGUGGUAGAGGUGCUAAGGAAAUCAGAUGACGGAUGGUGGCUCAUCAGGUAUAAUGGCAGGAUGGGCUAUGUUCCCUCCAUGUACCUGCAGCCCUACAACAACCCACGUGCUGGCUUCCACACCCUGCAGAGGAAGCUGCACAGCUCCUCUCUCAAUCUGGCAACCCACAUGAACAGCUCUACUCUCAACCUGGCAUCAAGUGGUGGAAGCCAAUCUAGCAACUGUUACCCAGCCACCCUGUAUAAGGAGCAUACUACCCAGCCCAGGGGUGAUCCGUACCGGGCUCCCCAUCUCCAAAAGACCCGUUCUCUGGAGCUCCUGUCUGAGACCUGUCUCGGCAUGGCUGUCCCUCCAUCCCAAAGAGAGAGAGAAGACCUGGAGUCAAACCCGAAUCCGGCAAUCCGCAAGAGCACCAUCAGCGGGGCAGAGUCCUCCAUCUCUGACUUCAGCUCGUCAGGCAUUGAGUCUUUGGGCCGGAGUGUCAGGGCGUAUUCCUCCAGUGAGGAGGACCCCCUAAGCCCCCCACACAGCCCCAAGUCCUCACCCGAGCCAGGGGAGAGGAAUAGUGGCCGCAGCCGACCAGAUGAGAGCCUCUACUCCAUCUCCAGGCCUGAGGCUGGGUCCUGUAAGAUGCCCACCGCUGCCCCCAGGGUGCCCACACGACCCAGAACACAUGAGAUCCUGACUCGGUGUACCACCAUGACCCGCAAGGCUGCCCUGGCCUCCAGGGGGGAGUUCUCCCUGCAGGACCCCAUCCAGACCCACUAGAAAGGUUGGCAGCAGUGGUAGGGGAAGUGGGAGAUAGGGUCAUGGGGAGCCAUGGGGAGUGGGGGUUUUGGGGUUAGGUUUAAACUCGUCUCUCGCGGCCGACAUUACAUCAUGUAGCGCAAUACUUUGAGUAUGGCUCAUGAGACUAUGGUUAAAUUAGCAUAAGAAUGCCUAUGCUGCAUGUUACACUAACCAUGACUCCAUCCAACCCUUUUUAUGCGAGUAAUGUACCUGUCAAAUAAAAAACUCUCGACAGGCCUUUUAUCCAUAAUCAGAGUUAAGAUGGGAAGGAAACACAUUGUACUUCUGUUUUUUAUUCAGUAAAUUAAAAGUUAUGUGACAAAGUACUUUUUCAAAUGUGUACAGUCUCAUACGCUUUAGAUCUACCCCUUUGGAGUUGACCAAUGACUGGUUUGUUUGUUGUUGACCAACGACUGGUUUGUUUGUUGUAGCCUAAAUACCUCUUUGGAGUUGACCAAUGAGUGGUUUGUUUGUUGCUGACCAAUGACUGGUUUGUUUGUUGUAGCCUACAUUUCAUUCUUCAAUUGGUGUCUGAAGUCACUGUUAUUCCAUACUGGAAUUUUACUGUAACUAUUUACCAUUACUGUCUGUAUGCCUUAUAUGCAUGUCUAACUAAUAUAGUGUGCAUUAAACAAUAUCCUAUACACUGAA